CUACAGCAGCAACCACCGCACCCCCAGCCGCAGCACCAGCAUCAGCAUCAGCACCAGCACCAACAUCAGCCCCCCUUCCAACAGCACGAUCAGCACCACGAUCAACUUCAACAGCCUCCUCUCGGCCCGCCUCCACCUCCGCCAACUGCACAACCCCAAGGUCCUCAGACACAAGGAGAGACUCCUCAAAAAGCCAAUCGUCUGCGCAAAGCAUGCGACUCUUGCAGUAUUCGCAAGGUCAAGUGUGACGAGUCCGGUCCACCAUGCCGAGCAUGCGCCGCUCUAGACAUUCCGUGCACCUUCGAACGUCCUAGUCGCCGUCGUGGUCCUCCUAACCGUCAUGCAGAAGCAAUCAAGCGUCGCCGUCUCGAGGAGUCUCCGCACAACAUCAGUGGUCAGUCCACACCAUCUUCGCCUACUCAUGCCGCACAAGCUUUGGCCGCUCUGUCUUCACAUCCCUCUCAUCCUCCCAUCUCGGCCGAAUCCAUUUGCGACAUCCAGACGUUAGAUCUCCUCGUCAAUGACUUCUUUACCUACAUCCACCCGCUGUGCCCCUUCCCACACGAGCCCAGCUUCCGCGAGGCCUGGAAGAGAAGAGAAGAUUACAGCAACCGUGCCUUCCUGGCUUUGCUGUCCUCGAUGGUCGCUGCACUUGUGGCCUCGUUCCCGCGAAAGCCCAGACUGCACCUCAAGGCACAACGCAGAGAGCUCGAAUUCCCCAACCAUAUGACCCUUGUGCUUAAGUGCCAGAAGGUGUGCGCCGAAGCUCGUGGACCAGGCUAUCUCGAUAGUGAGAACUUGAGUGUCCACGAUGCUGCGACCAGCUACUUCCUCGGUCUCUCGGCCUGCUAUACGUUUAGAUGGCGCCAAUGUCGCUUGUACUGGAGUGAAUGUCUGACCAUCAUCAGGGCUCUUGGUCUGCACAAGCCUACCGAGCAGAACUUCACGCGCCUGGGAAUGCUGCCAGCAGCUAUGGGGUCAAAUGGUCCAAACGUCGAAGGUAACCGCGACGACGUUCUUGACAACAUUACCCUUGAAAUGGGCAGAAGAAUCUUCUGGACCAUGUUUGUGAGCUCAAAGACCAUUCAUCAGUGCGGCUCUGCCUUUAGCGAACUCGUCGUUCCGCCUGAGACUCCUUCCAUGCCUUAUCCUCCCCUUCCUGUCGAGGUCGAUGACUUCUGUAUCUUCCCCGGACACAUCGAGCCGCAGCCUCCUGGUCUUGUGCCCAUGAUUGCUGGCUUCAAUGCCAAUGUCAGGAUCUUCAUGUCUUACAGUCCCCUCUCAACCAUGGAGCUGGCUUGGGGUGUUGAUGCCCUGGUAGACAUUGAUCGCCAGAAGAAAGUCCUUCACGAUUCACUCGAGCGAUGCAAAUCAGCCAUCAGAGACCUACCACCUGUACUUGUCAUCUGGCCGACCGACAACAACCCCUUUGCGAAUCACAGUGGAAACGAGCUUGGGCUUGAUUUCUCAAACACGUCAUACGCACGCGAUCCAGCAACUCUUAAUCCCAACACAGUAGACGCUACGCCCGAAGACCGAAGAAGACGACAAUACGAGAUCCAAAAGGCUAACAUCCACGGAAGCGGUCUCUGCACAAGAUCCUACAUUGUCGAGAAAUACUUUACUCUGAUCGAGGCGCAGGCCAGAAGCAAGCUCCAGGCAGAGAACGCUGAUUCUGGCUUGUCGAGCGAAGUAGCUGCAGAACUCGAUGGGCUGCUCUCGGACGGAGCGUCUGCUGAUGCAUUGGACCGCGAGAUGUCGGAAGAGCGCGAGAGCAUCGUCAAAGACUUGCUGUCUGUUCUGAGCAGUAUCGACAGAGUAAACAUGGAGCCGAACGCGGACAGCCUUACAACAAAGAUUCGCGUAGUAGCAAGCACUCUGCUCGAAGUGCCCAAGUCUCGCAAAGGUCAGGUGGCACAACAAGCUGAGGAAUACCUCGCGGCGUUCCUCGAUAUUCUGGUCAAACUGGAGCGUGUAAAUCCUGGACAUGACGACCCUCAUAAUCCCAACGACGAGGAGACUGAGUUGCGUCACUGGGCAGACCUUCGUGAGUAUCAACUCAAGUUCGCACAGCAGGGCGGAUUGUCUAGUCUC